AUGGAUAAGGAAGUGGAGAAGUAUGUGAAAUCGUGUCAUGGAUGUCAGAUUAACAGUGCAUUUCCGAAUCCAGAACCAAUCAGUCCAACACCCUUUCCAACAGGACCAUGGCAAGAAUUGGCAAUUGACAUUCUUGGACCGUUAACAUCUGGACAGUAUGUGUUAGUUGUUGUUGACUAUUACAGCCGAUACUAUGAGAUUGAAAUUACCAAGGAUAUUACAAGUGAGAAAAUCAUUGAUAUACUGGAGGGAAUGUUUUGUCAACAUGGACUUCCUCUACAAAUAACUUCAGACAAUGGACCUCAAUUCAUAUCUAAGUUAUUCAAGGACUAUUUGACAGAUAACUGUAUCAAGCACCGAGCAGUUACACCAUUACAUCCAUCAGCAAACGGGGAGGUAGAGAGACAAAACAGAUCAUUGAUGAAAAGAAUUCGGAUAGCACAAGCAGAGUCUAAGAAUUGGAAGACAGAAGUCCGCAAAUAUCUAUUUGCAUACAGAACGACUCCUCAUAAUACAACAGGAGUACCACCUGCAGAAUUGAUGUUCCGUCGUAAACUGAGAACAAAGCUACUGCAAGUAGAAAAUCUACAAGAAAAUGUUUAUGAUGAGGGAGUGCGUGAUAAGGAUGUGUAUUCCAAAUACAAAAACAAGCUUUAUAUCGACAAGAAACGUGGUGCAGUGGAUUGUGAUUUAGAGCCAGGAGACUCGGUCCUAAUGAAGAAAGCAGUCAAGGAUAAAAUGGAUACGCCGUAUCAUGCUGAGCCGUAUAAACUUGUACAGAAAACGGGAAACAGUUGUGUCGUAAAAUCAUCGGAGGGAGUUUUAGUUAAGCGAAAUAGUGAAUUUGUUAGAAAAUAUCAGGAACCGGAAAGUGCAUCUGAUAUUCCAGAGACUCCUAGUGAACCGAGUGUUGAGUCUACAGAUAACAGUGACGAUGUUCCGUCUUCUGCUCCAGUAACUCCGAAACUGAGAAGGUCGACCCGUAUUAGGAAAUUACCGCAACGUUUGGAGGACUUUGAAAUGUGA